UCCAACCAGCCUCAGCUAGCUAAUGCUAGAAGAAAACCGAUCCAGGGAAUUUUUACAAAACGAAACCAAAUUGAUUGAGAGUAACAGGGAGAAGGCGAUACUAUUCUGCAGGAGGUUCACCUGCAACACUUAAACGACCAAAUGGCUACCGACAUGCCCAUGGACACGGUGCCGGCUCCUCACUCUGCCCCAGCCUCACCCCCAGACACUGCCCCAACCUCACCUCCUACUCUCAGCUCCAGUUCAACCCAAGACCAGAUUCCCUCGCAGGAGCCAGCAAUAGCUGAAACACCUCACACAGCGGUGACCUCAGAACACGAUGCUGCUCCAGAUAUCACCCCAGCUCAGCCUGCAGCCCCAGACAUGGCACCAGGAAUUGUUCCAGGUUCUGAGCUCCCCCCAGGCCCUGUGCUGCAAUCACUGCCACCAGUCAGUGCCAAGAACCCCAGCUGCAAGAUCAUGACCUUUCGGCCCACCAUGGAGGAGUUUAAAGACUUUGCCAAAUACAUCGUAUACAUGGAGAGUCAAGGGGCUCACCGCGCUGGACUGGCAAAGGUGAUUCCCCCGGAGGGCUGGAAGCCGCGGAAAUGCUAUGACACCAUCGAGGACAUGGUGAUUCCAGCUCCCAUCAUGCAGGUGGUGACUGGUCAGUCAGGUCUGUUCACCCAAUACAACAUCCAGAAGAAGUCAAUGACUGUGGGAGAGUACCGCAAGCUAGCCAACAGCAAGAAGUACUGCACACCUCGUCACAAAGACUUUGAUGACCUAGAGAGGAAGUACUGGAAAAACUUGACAUUUGUGUCACCCAUUUAUGGUGCGGAUGUCAGUGGCUCCAUCUAUGAUGAGGAUGUUCAAGAGUGGAACAUUGGCCAUCUCAACACGCUGCUGGAUAUGGUGGAGCAGGAGUGUGGCAUCGUUAUUGAGGGUGUCAACACACCGUAUCUAUAUUUUGGCAUGUGGAAGACCACGUUUGCCUGGCACACAGAGGACAUGGACCUCUACAGCAUCAACUACCUACACUUUGGGCAGUCCAAGUCCUGGUAUGCCAUCCCACCUGAACACGGCAAGAGGCUGGAGAGGCUGGCACAAGGCUUCUUCCCUGGCAGUUCCCAAGGCUGUGAUGCCUUCCUUCGUCACAAGAUGACGCUGAUAUCUCCAUCCAUCCUAAAGAAAUACAGCAUUCCAUUUGACAGGAUAACUCAGAAUGAAGGGGAGUUUAUGAUCACCUUUCCUUAUGGCUACCAUGCUGGCUUCAACCAUGGCUUCAACUGUGCAGAGUCCACAAACUUUGCCACUCUGCGCUGGGUAGACUAUGGCAAGAUGGCCACCCAGUGUACCUGUCGUAAGGACAUGGUGAAGAUCUCCAUGGAUGUUUUUGUGCGCUGCUUGCAGCCUGAUCGCUAUGAGCUAUGGAAGCAGGGCAAAGACUCCAUGGUGUUAGACCAUCUUAAGGCCACCGAGCUCAGCAGCCCCGAACUCGAACGCUGGAGGCAGCAUCGUGUCACCUUCCGAGAAAACCUCCUCCGAAGGGCCAUGCAGAAGAUGAAGCAGUUCCGUCGUCUAAAGCUGGAGGAGGUGAAGGUGCUGGCAGAGGAAGGCAUUGAGCUAAAUGCUGCUGAGUACCAACGUCAGGUGGAGGAGCGUGAGGCCCAACGGAGGCAGGAGAGGGAGGAGCGUCUCGCCAGAGAGGCCAUGAUGACCCUGGAGGCCAUGGAGCGUGAGGAGCAGGAGGCCGCUGAGGCUGCUGCUAAAGCAGCUGAGACUCCGGCCGUAGACGCACAAGAACCCGAGGCCAAACCACAGAGCUUGACAGACGACAGUGAGAAAAAGAAGCAGAAAAAGCCAAAGAAGAUGUCAAAUACCCACAACUCCAUCACUGGAUUUGAGGAAGCAUUUGAGCAGUUUGCUACAUCUGGCAUCAGGAAUUCAAAGAACGCCAUGGUCAGUCAUCCAGAGGUUGGGAAACCUCUAACCUCAAGUCAGAGUGACAUCCCAGCGGACAACAAGCUAGAUGCAUGCUACUCCAAGAUGAAGAUGCCAACAGAGGUGAAAAAGAGUCGCCGUCACCCCCUCAGCAAGCCACCCAUGCGCUCCCCUCUGUCCAUUGUCAAGCAAGAACCAACCAGUGACAAAGAGCUGUCUUCCCCUAUGCCGCUUGACAGCACUAUGAAGAAACAGGAGCACCUGUGGCAGAAUCACUCACCCAACUUCCUGGCAGAGAAAGCCUUCAACAUUGCAGUGGCAGCGCUCCAACCACACUGUGCUAUCUGUUCACUCUUCUGCCCCUACACUAAGCCACAGAAAGACGUCUCCGUUGCGAACGACACCCCGCGCACCUCCCCUCCCCAUCAUGGCAGUAUGACUCGUCCGUUGGUCCCAGAGAUGUGCUUCAGUGUCGGAGCAGGAAACACAGAGCCUCCACCCACCAACUAUCACAUUGGAGAGGAUGGAACCAGUCUUCUGAUCCGCUGUUCAUCUUGCAAAAUGCAGGUUCAUGCCAGUUGUUAUGGUGUAAAGCCAGACUCUGUUAGCGAUUCCUGGAUGUGCUCCAGAUGUGAAGCAGGAGCCUGGACAGUGGAGUGUUGUCUCUGCAAUUUGCGGGGAGGAGCUUUGAAGACUACCACAGAUAACCGGUGGGUCCACGUCAUCUGUGCCAUCGCUGUGGCUGAAGCUCGCUUCGUCAACGCCAUUGAAAGGGAGCCAGUGGACGUCAGUGCUGUUCCAGAAACACGCAAGAAUCUGAAGUGUGUGUUCUGCCAUGGCAAGAAUGCCAAUCAGAACCGCGGCGCCUGCAUCCAGUGCUCAUACGAGAACUGUGCCACCUCCUUCCAUGUCACCUGCGCCCAAAUUGCUGGAGUGGUCAUGAAGCCUGCCGACUGGCCCUAUGUGGUGUCUGUCACCUGCCACAGACAUAAAAGGGUCCCUCCAAAGCCGCGGACAGCACCCAAAGGCCCACAGUGCCUGAACCUGGGCCAGAGAGUGAUCGGUCGUAAUGCUGACGGCUGGUACUACCACUGUACCAUCAUCGGCAUGGCAACGCAGACGUUCUACGAGGUCAACUUUGACGACGGUUCAUACUGUGACAAUCUGCACCCAGAAAAAAUAUUGAGUCACGACUGCUUACGUAGCGGUCCUCCUGAAAUAGGGGAGUUGAUCGUGGUCAGCACGCCUGAGGGUCAGGCCCUCAACGCUUCUUUUGUCAAACAGCACACCCACAAGCUCUACCAGGUUGAGUUUCAGGAUCAGAGUCAGCUGAUGCUAAAACACUCAGAGAUCCAUCAGCUGGACCAGGAGCUGCCCAAGAGGGUCCGAGCCCGACUUGCCAUACCUGUACCUCAGGAGGAGGUCCCCUCAGCAGAUGAAGCCCAAGCAGCCAAGCGCCGCCGCCUGCCCUCGGGUUCAGCCCCACCCACUGAGACUCCCAUGGAAACAACAAAUCCGCCCACCUGCCCCCUAACUACAGCCCCGGUAGAAGCACCAGCAGCACAUCAUGACAGUAUUAGUACACCGCUGACCUCACAGCCUCUGUCCCAGCCCAGCAUGGCCCGACAGGAUGCCGCCGCCGCACCAACCAACGGUAUGGAAGCUGAGACCCCAAUGGACACAAGCGUCAGCCUCGCCGACGCUCUAACGGAGUCAUCCCUGGCCUCGGACCCCACGCUGACUCCACAGACGACCUCUUUUCAGUCGACAUUGAACUCUGACCCCCUCCUGUCUGCCCAGUCCCCUCCCCCACCACCCCAUCACAUGUCCAACAGCUACACGCCGAGCAGUGGCUAUGUUUCCUACAUGGAGACACUCCUCCAUUCACAUUUCCCUCAGGACGAUAGCCACGGACCCCUGUAUUAAAGAAAAAAAAAAAAAAACACAACU